AUGUCUGCUGCACAAUCUUUUCCGUCCGCAGGCCACGCCAGUUCUGGUCAAUCUCCUGGACUCACACUCAACUUAUCUUCUAAUAACCCCUUCCGCAACCGCGCACCCUCUCCCGCCAGCGCCGAUCUUCUUUAUUCUAGCAAACCCUCUUCUCCUUUCGACGACCCUCCCCCACGGCCAUUAUCACGAAAUCCGUUUCUCGACUCACCAGUCGACUUGCUAUCUCAGCCUUUGAGGUCACCUGGCGCCAUGUCUGCUCACUCAGAUUCCAAAUCCCUUUCGGCUGAGGAGAUUUUUAAUUCCAUGACACUAGACGACUCAGCACAAGAUCGGGCGAAGCAGCAAGCCCAACGUCGACCAGCGAACGGCCCACCACGACGUGAUGGAACUGCACCACCACCUCAGGAUGGCAAGCACCGCCCGACGCGUUCUCAGGAGGAAGCCCUCCGCGCUCGCAGGAUGCAAGGUCCCGGACCUCGACCCCAACAGAGCUCACCGCAAAGACGGGCCCCACCAAGACGCCCCCGACGUAACUCUGAAUCCUCUUUGGUGGACUUUGAUGCGCGCCCUAUCACAGACGAAGAGAAGCGAAUGAUCGAAGCCGCCAGACGACGUAAAUACGAACAACAGCGUCGUGGAGAGGGCAAAGAACGCACUGAUAGAAGCGACCGCGACCGUGAACGCGAACGCGAACGCGAUCGCCGUGAGCGGGGUGACAAAGAAAAGUCCAGCCGUCCUAGCCGUAGGAUGGAUAUUAUCGACCAACUUGAUGCCACAAGUAUUUACGGGACUGGAGUUUUCCAUCAUGAUGGUCCUUUUGACGCGCUGAACCCUCACCGAAACCGUCAAAAUGCGAGACGUGCACCUAUGCAGGCUUUCCCCAAGGAUUCUCUCAACAACUCACUUGGAGGCGCAGGACCUCUUAAUGCCCGGGCCGACCACUCGGUCCUUAUGGGCAAUGCUACCGAUGAAGCUUUCAGAGACUUUGCGGCGCCCACCAAAGCCAAGAAGGAGACUCCCAUUUUCGAUGCUUCGGGUCGCGACAAGAUCGUUCAUGGCGAUGAGUCGGUCGGUCUAGGCACCUCCACAUUCUUGGAGGGCACACCCGCUGCACGAAGUGCUAUCCAGCGUCAUCAAGCCGAACAAGCCCAAGAAACGUCUGAGGGUGGUCUGCAGCGAAAGAAGUCGCUGGCACAGCGUAUCCGUCACAUUAACAAAGGCCCUAGAGACUACAAUCAGCCAGGUCGUGAAUAUUCUAGGAUCACACCCGACCCCUACCCGACCACUGCUAGUGCUGGCUCCGAUAACAACCCUUUCUUUGCCGAAUUCGGCAAGGGAGAUGAGAGUAUCAGUGUUAGACAACGAGAUGGAUCUAUGUCAGCCAACAGUCCCCCGGGAGCUCGACGUCCUUCUGCUGGAGCAGUCCUGGAGCGACGAGCGACGACUGACGCUGCCACCGCACUGGAUGAUGCACCAGCCAAGCCUACUGGUCUCAUGGGACGAAUGAAGAGCUUAAAGGGACGAAAGACUCGGCCAGAGAUUCCUAGCAACAGUCCUGGUGUGCCCGGAACGGCCGUUUAG